AUGGUUUCGCCUAGACGCUUAGAGCAAGUUCCGGAGCCGAAUCCAUCUCCAAGUCCAGGGCCAGCCCCAGCUUCAGAGCCAAAGCCAUGUCCAAGUCCAGGGCCAGCCCUGACACCAGUUCCCACUAGGCCACGCAACACGUCGUUUCCUGCGAUCUUUGCAUUUGGGGAUUCAAUCGUAGACACAGGAAAUAACGAUUACAUUACCACAUUAGUCAAAGCUAAUUUUCCCCCCUAUGGCAUGAAUUUUCCACAUGGAUUGGCCACUGGCAGAUUUUGCAACGGCAAAAUCCCUGCUGAUUUUAUAGCGGAAUUUUUAGGAGUAAAACCAACUUUACCUCCAUACUUGAAGCCAGGGCUAACCCAAGAAGAUCUCAUCACUGGUGUAUCCUUUGCUUCGGGUGGUUCUGGCUUCGAUCCUUUGACACCUAUCGUAGUAAGCGCGAUACCGAUGUCAAACCAGUUGACAUAUUUUCAAGAAUACAUAGAGAAAGUGAAAGGCUUCGUGGGAAAAGAGAAAGCUGAUCACAUAAUAUCAAAAAGUCUAGCCAUUGUGAUUGCGGGCAGUGAUGAUCUAGCUAAUACCUACUAUGGAACGCAUGCAGAAGAAUUAUUAUAUGACAUCGAUGCAUAUACCUCUUAUAUGGCUAGCUCUGCUGCAAGUUUCGCUAUGCAACUAUAUGAAAUUGGAGCAAGAAAGAUAGGAUUCAUUGGUGUUUCGCCAAUUGGGUGUAUACCAAUACAAAGAACCACAAGAGGGGGACUUAAGCGAAAGUGUGCUGAUGAAAUAAACGUUGCAGCUCAGCUUUUCAAUACCAAACUCUCCAGAAGUUUGCAUUCAGUGGCUGAGACCUUGAAAAACACCACUUUGGUGUAUAUUGAUAUCUACGCUCUCUUCGCUCAUAUGAUCCAAAACCCAAAAGAAUAUGGAUUUGAUGAUAUUGAUAGAGGCUGUUGCGGGACAGGGAUGGUCGAAUUAGGUCCGCUUUGCAACCAAUUUACAUCACUUCUUUGCAAAAAUGUGUCUUCUUAUAUCUUUUGGGACAGUUACCAUCCAACGGAAAGAGCUUAUAGAAUUUUAACCAAAAAGUUUCCAGGUCCAUCACCUGGCCCAUCUCCAUGCCCACCAAUACCACCUAAGCCGCAACCAAAGCCACCACCAGUGCCUGGUCCAUCUACAUGCCCACCACCUAAGCCGCAACCAAAGCCACCACCAACGCCUGAUCCACCGGCAUGUCCACCAAUACCACCUAAGCCUCAACCAAAGCCACCACCAGCCCCUGGUCCACCGGCAUGUCCACCAAUACCACCUAAGCCUCAGCCAAAGCCACCACCAGAACCUGCCCCGUCUCCAUGCCCACCUCGACCACCAAAUCCCCAACCAAAGCCACCACCAGCACCUGCUCCAUCACCAAAGCCAGAGCCAUCACCGCCACCACCUAAACCACCUAGUCCAGCUCCGAAACCUGAGCCACCACCUGCCCCAUCGCCAAAACCUAGUCCACCUGAGCCAUCGCCAAAACCAAAACCUAGCCCACCGCCAAAACCUAAAAACAAAACCAUACCAGCCGUGUUCUUCUUUGGGGAUUCGAUAUUUGACACAGGAAAUAACAAUAAUCUAAAGACAAAGAUAAAAAGUAACUACCGUCCCUAUGGUAUGGAUUUUCCUUCGAGAGCAGCCACCGGUAGAUUCAGCAACGGAAAGGUCGCUUCUGAUUAUAUAUCCAAAUAUUUGGGAGUAAAAGAAUUAGUACCCGCAUAUGUAGACCAGAAGCUACAACAAAACGAACUACAACGAAGCGAUCUACUUACGGGCGUCUCUUUUGCUUCGGGUGGUGCUGGCUUCGAUCCUGAAACAUCUGAAUCAGUGGACGUUAUACCAAUGUUGGACCAAUUGUCAUAUUUUCAAGACUACAAAAAGAGGGUGAAGAAGCUAGUAGGAAAAAAAGAGGCUAAACAAAUCGUGUCCAAAGGAGUAGCCAUUGUGGUCGCAGGAGGCACCGAUCUGAUUUAUACAUAUUUUGGAAUUGGUGGUCAAAACCGUAAAAUUGACGUCGACUCUUACACCACUACUAUGGCUGACUCUGCUGCCAGUUUCGUUAUGCAACUGCAUGGAUAUGGAGCAAGACGUAUAGGAGUGAUCGGAACACCACCGCUUGGUUGUACACCAUCACAAAGGGUUAAAGACAAAAAGUUAUGCGAUGAAGAGAUAAAUUAUGCUGCUCAGCUUUUUAAUUCUAAGCUAGCUAUGAUUUUGGGUCAACUGUCGCGAACCCUACAAAAUUGUACAUUGGUUUACAUGGACAUCUACUCUAUCUUCAGUAAAAUGCUGGAAAACCCUGCGCACUAUGCUGGAAAAUUUCCAGCGAUUCUUGCAUUUGGAGAUUCGAUUCUCGAUACUGGUAACAACAAUAAGCUAAUGACAGUGUCGAGGUGCAACUUUUUGCCGUACGGACGCAAUUUUCCUUAUCGUAUACCUACUGGACGAUUCGGGAACGGAAGAGUACUAUCGGAUUUAGUUGCCCAGGGUUUAGGGAUAAAGAAUCUUGUACCUGCUUUCCGUAGCUCCUUCCUUAAAAGUAGCGAGCUUCCUACCGGAGUUUGCUUUGCGUCUGGUGGUUCAGGCCUAGACAAAUCCACUGCAUCCAUACAGGGCGUUAUAUGGGUACAAGAUCAGCUGAAAGACUUCCAAAGUUACAUACAAAGAUUAACCCAAGAAGUUGGAGAUGCCGCUAAAGUUAAAGCGAUUAUAGCCAAUGCUGUGGUUCUAAUCUCUGCUGGAAAUAAUGACAUUGCUAUCACAUUUUUUGGAAUUCGGGUUAAGAAAUUGAGAUACAAUAUUGAAACAUACACUGAUCAGCUCAUACAAUGGCAUGCUGCGUUUAUACAGGGUCUAUAUAAUAUGGGAGCGAGAAAAUUUGCGGUUCUUGGAACGUUACCGUUAGGGUGUUUGCCAGGGGCGAGACAAAUGGCCGGAGAUUUGAUAUGUCUUCCGCAUGUGAACCAUGGUGCUAUGUUAUAUAAUCAAAAGCUAGCGAACUUGGUCGUAAAAUUCAAACAAACUCUCCCUGGUGCCAAACUCGUCUACAUCGAUAUGUACAAUUCACUUCUUGCCGUCAUCCAAAAUCCUAGUAAAUAUGGGUUUAGAACGGCAAAGCCAUGUUGUUGCUCGGUGAUGACCCCGAUUCCAUGCUUAGAUGCUGGUAGCCAUGUAUUCUGGGACUUUGCACAUCCUUCUGAAAAAGCCUAUCAAGCCGUUCUACCCAAGAUCGUCAGUGUCAUCAGCACUAACCUUGCUUAG